AUGCCAAGUCUUACCAGAGAUCAUGCCAUUGAUUGGGUCGUUCGCUAUGGAAAGGCUUGGAAAGAGCAGAGUGUUCCAGGUAUCCUAGGUCUUUUCACUGAAGACGGCGAGUAUGUGGAGCGUCCCUAUGACCCGGAGAAUGGCAUCUAUCGAGGCAUCGAGAAGUACUGGAGCACUCACAUCCAGGGCCGUGAGCGCAACGUGGAGUUCAAGCACUUUCCCGAGGAGCGAAGCCCGACCGGAGACGACCUGGUCUUGGAUGACGCCAUGGCCACGGCCGUGGUGAAGUGGGAGGCGCGGUUCGAAGUGCGGCAGAGCGACGAGAAGCCCUGGAAGACGGUGCAAUUCCUGCAGAUCGCCAAGCUCCGCUUCGCGCCCGACGGCCGCGUUCGACACUUUGAAGAAUACUGGCACGCGAGGUCCUUCCAGCACGCGGCCAAGGGCUUGCGCGACCCCCGGGCGCGGCGGAGCCGCUGUGGGGAAAAGCGAAAGGAUCCGAUGUUGCGCAGCAGCUGCUGCCGCGAAGCUCUGAUGGAAGCGCAGCUGGGGCCCUUUGACCGAGAGGCCCUGCGACUCCAAGCACGCGCCGCCCAGCCCCUCAUCGACCGUGUGGGCCUGGCGUAUGGAGAAAGGACACAAGUGCCGGUGGUGUACAACGCGCUUAGCAAGUUGAAGCCCUCCGACGCGGACUUUGUGGAAUGGUACCGGCGCGUGACCAGCCAUCUCGUGGAGGAGAGCGACAUGAAAGGCAUCCCCAUCGUGCGACCCUCCGGUCUCUUCGUUUGGGACCAGCUCCGUGAUGCCUUGCGGCGCCAGCUGCAGACCUUGCAGGCGCAGCCCUUCGCGCUGCCGGUCACCGAGCACGGUGCCAAUGAGCCAAGUGCGGAGCGCUAUGUGAUGCGAGGCGCCGCGGAGCCGUUGCUCUACAAGGUGAUUGCUCGCUCCUGGGUCGCCUCUCAGCGGGACCUGCCGUUGAUCCUGAGCCGCGACGUGGUGGCGGUCACCGACGAGACGGUGAAGCGGCCCUUGCCCUUCGUGCGCUCACGGGAGAUGCACGUGCAAGAGGGCCAUGCGGUACACAGCACGGAGCAGGAGAGUGAGAUCUUCUUGCAGAAAGUCAUGGACGUCUAUCAAGGUCUUUGUCGAGAUCUUUUGUGUCUCAGAACUUCCAUUCGCAGCGACACCGGACGGAAGACACUCGAAGUGUCCAUCCCUCGCCAUGGAGGCAUGGAGGUGGCUGCCGUGAAGAUCGUGGGAAGCCAAAUGGCGGAGGACUUCAAAAUGACCUUUUGCACGGCCAACGCUUCGGGAGGUGCGGUGAAUCGGGCCUGCUGUUUGAGUUCUUUCUCUGCGACGUCGCGCCUGGUGGCUGCCGCGAUCUGCGCUCACGGAGACCAUCUGGGCUGCGUGUGGCCGCCCAAAGUGGCACCGCUACAGGUGGUGAUCAUUCCGCUGAUCCGCUCGCAGGACCGGAGCAAGGAUGACGCUGGGCGUCGAUCGGUGCAACAGAUCUUGGAAUGGUGUCAGGAAGUCACACAGCAACUCGCCAGCGACACACGGGCCAAGAGCGACCUGGAGGACGAGACGCCCGGGAAGAAGAUCCGACAUUGGAUCGGGCGUGGAGUCCCCUUGCUGCUCACGGUUCAGCUGGCCGAAGGAGAACAGUUGGCCAACGUGCGAAUGACUGCACGUGAUAUGCCAGGUGUUGAAGCGACUCCCGCGUUUGUGGCGACACCCAGCGUGGCUGCCCAUGAGACACGACGGCAGCUGGAGGAGAUGCAUCGGCGACUCCAACAGGGGAUGGCAGGCGAUGGCGCGCCCGAAGAUGAGCAGGAGACGGAUGACAUGGCCAAGAUUUGA